ACCACACAUCAUAACGCGGAAGAGGAUAAAGGCUAACUGGAGUGUAUAUAUAUAUAUUCCCACUAUAGGAUUUCCAUUCAGUUUCAGUGUUUCUUAGGUGUGAAACCUGUUAAAGGUUGCAGCUGUGAUUUUAUAUAAAAGACUCCAUAUUAAAUAGGUACAGGCUACAUUUUAAAUAGUAAAAUAAUGAUCUCAGUUCUUCUGUUUAUUGUUUUAUGGACCGGUGGUGUUUUUUUUAAGGAAGGAACAUGUGCUGUGGAGAUCAGCAGACCUCUGAGAUUAGCCAAGAUUGUAGGCUUUUCCUGGGAGAACUGCGGAAAGACUGAUGAUCCAGCUGUUAUGAAUAGUCUUGAGUUGUUUCCAGAUCCCAUUAAAAUUCCAGGAGAUAUGACAUCAAGUGCAUCUGGGACAACUUCUGUGGCUCUGGUGUCUCCUCUCUCUCUAAAUGUCACUCUGGAGAAAGAGGUGGCUGGUUUCUGGGUCAAAGUCCCGUGUGUGGAGGAGCUAGGGAGCUGCCACUAUCAGGAUAUCUGUGAUAUACUGGACCAGCUAAUUCCUCCAGGUCAGGACUGCCCUGAGCCUCUGCGCACAUACGGCCUUCCCUGCCGCUGCCCCUUCAAAGCAGGUGACUACCUUCUACCUCAGUCUACUUUCUCCCUGCCAAAAGUGGAGCUGCCAUUCUGGAUGACCAAUGGCCAGUACCGUGUCCAGGGGGUGAUGGGAAGCUCAGGGAAAGAGCUCGGUUGCCUUAAAGUUACUCUCACUCUACACUCAGGUUAACUAGUAGAACAAAAAUGUGUUGAGAGAAACUUUAUUACACACAGCAUGCAUUCUGUUGGUCAAUGGUGCAAUUGAGAAACCUGCUGAAUUUGGGAACUUGCUAAUAUAGAAAUUUUAUCAUUUUUAAUUAGCAUCAGUAGAAUUAUCACAUUUAACAUAGUCCUAUCUGUGCAAUUCUGAGCCUGUUUUUAAUCUGUAAUGAUUCUGCAUUUAUGAUUCUCUACAAACAUAAUUGACCAUUUAAAAUGUCCUGACCGGUACUCUACAAAUGAUUUAGUAGUUUAAAAUGAUUUAAAUGUAUUGGGAGUACGAUCAUUAUUUGUUAAUGUAUCAUGCCUUUCAUGUCUUUUUAAUUAUUUCUAAUUAAGACAACUUGUUUAUAUUGUAUAUAUUUAAUGUUUAGUGUAACCAUGGAGGAAAUAAACAGCGACCAGUUGCUAGAAGGUUUUUCCUUGCAUGAUGUAAAUCACAUGAUGAGGACCAUCCUAAUAUUAUCGGUUGUUCAACUCUGAAUGCUUUUGCCUUAAAAUGCUUUAAGUGGAACAAAUUUGAAAUUAAAAGAAUAAUCAAUAAACAGAAAUGGUGACAGAGCUUCAUUAAAAUGUUACAUUUAAAACUGUUUGUACAUUAAAAUCAUUUUGGUCAGGUCACUUAAAAAUAUUUGGAACUUGUAUUCUGGACAUAAUCUAUUCAUAUUCUGUAUUGGUAUAUUAUUUCAACACGUUUAAUAAUAUUUUGACUAGAUAUUAGAGCUGUGGAGUGUUUUGUUCUAUUCCUGAAAUUUCCACUUGCAGAUCAAGUUCCAAGUUCAAUUUAUUCUACUUCAGGGCUACUUAUGACCCAUUAAAUUCAAAUAACCAGUCAAACAAACUACAAGAACUCAAUAAUAAACAUAAUUACUUUGGUUGAAAAUAUAAUUAUUUUAAACUGUGGAUUUUAAUUCUAAGGACCUCACACCUUCAGGAUUUGAUGGUGGUAGAUGGAGUUCUCAUAUUCUCCACGUGCUUCUGGGGUUUUCCUGCAGCUCUAUUUUCCUGUCUCUAAAUUGGUCGUAGUGUGUGAAUGCAUUUGAGCAUGUGUGUGAUUAUACCCUGCAAUAAACUGGUACCUUGUCCAGAGA